GGAAUCUGAGGAGCAAGAUGGCUGCGGGACGAAGGGAGAGGUUGACAAAUCUGAGACUCGCUGUUUCAGGAUAGACAGGUUACGGCGGAGGACGAAGCGGAAAACUGCACUCGCUUGCGUGUGUGUGGAGGAGUCUAUGUAUCGGUAUGGCGUAUAGUGCCGACAGCAAACUGGAUGACAGGGAGUGCAGACAAGCCUCACAUUCUCACACACUGAUCACUGGUGUACAGUGACUGUUGCUGCAGACAUCAGCAGGAUUCCAUCCUUUCUAUGAUUUUACCUCUUAUUUCUUCAAGCUGGACUCUUCAUUUCUUGAUUUUUGGACGCCUUUUGUGAGCCGCCCUUCCCCCCUUCCCCUUUUCCCUUUUCUAUCCCUCUCCACACUUCUCUUCCCUCUCUCCCCCUUAUUCUUUCCCUAUUGACCUUUUGAUCAAAUUUGGAUCAGCCUGUGCACUAAGAUGAGUUGGCUGAGUCGUUUAAAUCCAAGGGGUCCAGGCACUCGGACCGGUCGACAUGCAGCCCCAUCCAGCCCAUGCACUGCUGACCCCGAGACUUGUCUUAUGGUGUUUGAAAACCAUUGGAGACAGGUGUCAGGGGUGUUGAAACUGAGAGAGUCUUCAGUGGGUGGUUAUGCUGAUGAUCUCACUGCAGUUCGCAAUCACACAGAUCAGAUGCUGUGCCUGCUAGCUGAAGAGAGACCAGCAGGGGGAGACAUUGAAUCACCAGCAAUGGGUCCUAUUCUGGAGAUGGUGGUGGCAGAGAACAUCCUGGAUGAGUUGAUACAGUGGCAUGUGCGCCGUGGUCUGGAACCAGACAGCCAGCUAGAGCUGUUGAAAUUGUUUGAGAUGUUGAUCGGACAGUCACAUCAGCCCCUGCUCCUGCACAGUGCAGUGCUACAACCGCUCCUAAGCCUGCUGGGAGCAUGUGUGGAUCCCCAGCUGGGCUGCCCUCCUGCCCUAGAGUCCAGCCUCGUACUGCUGCUAAAUCAGGUAUGUGUGUGUAUGGCAAAGGAAACUGCCGUUUUGGAGUUGAUAUUUAGGUGUGGACUGGUACAGCAGGGUCCCACUAACCUGCUGAUCUUCUCCCUGUUGGUGCCAUUUAUUCAUCGAGAUGGCUCUCUGGGGCAGCAGGCCCGUGACGCACUGCUGCUCGUCAUGGCAACCUCUGCCAGCAACCACGCUGUUGCGCGUCACAUCGCAGAGAACUCCUACUUCUGCCCAGUGCUAGCGACAGGGCUGAGUGCACUGUACUCAUCCCUGCCACGGAAGAUUGAGGUACGGGGCGAUGACUGGCACGCCCUCCGGAGGGAGGAUUGGAUGGCCGUUUCCUCUCUAGUGCUGUUCAUGAACAGUCUUGAAUUCUGCAACGCUGUAGUACAGGUGGCACACCCCCUUGUGCGCUGCCAACUCCUGGACUACCUCCACAACGGCUUCCUGGUUCCAGUCAUGGGCCCUGCUCUGCACAAGUCAUCAGUGGAUGAGAUGAUAGCAAGUACGGCAUAUCUGGACUUGUUUUUACGCAGUAUCACAGAAACUUCCCUCCUUAAGACCUUCCUGCGCUUCAUUCUGUUGCAUCGCCAUGACAACGACACCAUCCUUGAUACACUACUCACACGCAUCAGCAGCAAUUCACGGCUGUGCAUGGUCUCUCUGAGUCUGUUCAAGACAUUGCUCAGUCUCAACUGUGAAGACCUCAUGCUCCAGCUUGUUCUCAGGUAUCUGUUGCCAUGCACACAUGUUAUGCUGAGUCAGCGAAGGGCAGUCAGAGAAACAGACCUCUAUGGCAAAUCAGCUGAUAAGUUCCUUUCCCUCAUACCAGAAUGCUGCCGAAUCACUCCAGCACCCUCUAGUGAGCGGGAUGAUGAGCCUGCCUUUUGGGGAAAGGUGUUAGGUAGUCCAACUUCAGAGUCACCAGUUCACCCCAGACCCAGCACUCCUUCCCGCCUCGCUCUCUUUAUUCGACAGCAAAGCUCAGGAGGCCAAGCCAACCCCCCCCCGUCUGGCUCGGAGAACGCUCCCUCUUCUCCUCGUGGUAGUGUUUCCUCCCCUCUGUCUCCUGACAGCCCAAUGCACCAACUCCCAGACACUUCAGAAGGAGAGACUGGCUACCUGGAGUAUCUGCGUGAUGCUCGCAAGGGUAUUGAGCUCUGCUCCUGGGCCUGUCGAGACUGGUCAGCCCCUUACGAUGGAGAAAAUCCCUCUCCAAACUCUGCUCCUCCUCCACCUCCCCCUCCUACAUCCAACCCCUCCCUCAAUAUUGUACAAGAGCAUUUCUCCAUAAUGGACCCCCCUCAGCAGAGGGCAGCAGUCGUGGCUGCAGCACGUGCAGAGUGGAGCAGUUCAGAUCGAGAUAGUGGAGAGUGGGAUGUUACCAUCAGCAAGAACUGUAUCAGUCUCACACCCCGCAGUAAGAAACGCAGCCUUCUUCCCAGCUCUAUACCUCUGCAGUCUUCAUCUUCUGCAUCAGUCUCUACAGAAAUAACCGGUGCUGUAGAAACCGUAUCCCAACACUCUCAUUCAGCACCUCAUCCAUCGCUCUAUAAUGGGAUGGGGCAGGUGGAGCUCACAGACAGUGUGGAUGAGAGAAUGGAGGUUAAGAAAGUGAAAAGGGACUCUGAUGUAAAUAACAGUGUGGUGGAGUCAGGCAUGAACGGGUCGAUGGGUAUGGGCCCAGUUGACUACAAUAAUUUCCAUGUAGGAUCGGCAAUGAAAUCAUCUCAGGUGCAGGUGAAGCCCCAUCUGCAACAUCAAACCUCCGUGCCCUCUUCAACCCAAGAGUGUCUACAAAUUGAGCGCCAGAGAUUAUCUCCUGUUCCUGCCUUGACCGAGACUUCCACAGUUCCCCGUGACAGCAGGGGUCCGGAGUCCGUUGAGCGUCUGAUUGAGGAGUUGCUGGAGCGGGUGCCGUUGGAGCCAUUUAAUGUUUGUUUCUGUCAGGUAUGUGUGUGUAUGGCAAAGGAAACUGCCGUUUUGGAGUUGAUAUUUAGGUGUGGACUGGUACAGCAGGGUCCCACUAACCUGCUGAUCUUCUCCCUGUUGGUGCCAUUUAUUCAUCGAGAUGGCUCUCUGGGGCAGCAGGCCCGUGACGCACUGCUGCUCGUCAUGGCAACCUCUGCCAGCAACCACGCUGUUGCGCGUCACAUCGCAGAGAACUCCUACUUCUGCCCAGUGCUAGCGACAGGGCUGAGUGCACUGUACUCAUCCCUGCCACGGAAGAUUGAGGUACGGGGCGAUGACUGGCACGCCCUCCGGAGGGAGGAUUGGAUGGCCGUUUCCUCUCUAGUGCUGUUCAUGAACAGUCUUGAAUUCUGCAACGCUGUAGUACAGGUGGCACACCCCCUUGUGCGCUGCCAACUCCUGGACUACCUCCACAACGGCUUCCUGGUUCCAGUCAUGGGCCCUGCUCUGCACAAGUCAUCAGUGGAUGAGAUGAUAGCAAGUACGGCAUAUCUGGACUUGUUUUUACGCAGUAUCACAGAAACUUCCCUCCUUAAGACCUUCCUGCGCUUCAUUCUGUUGCAUCGCCAUGACAACGACACCAUCCUUGAUACACUACUCACACGCAUCAGCAGCAAUUCACGGCUGUGCAUGGUCUCUCUGAGUCUGUUCAAGACAUUGCUCAGUCUCAACUGUGAAGACCUCAUGCUCCAGCUUGUUCUCAGGUAUCUGUUGCCAUGCACACAUGUUAUGCUGAGUCAGCGAAGGGCAGUCAGAGAAACAGACCUCUAUGGCAAAUCAGCUGAUAAGUUCCUUUCCCUCAUACCAGAAUGCUGCCGAAUCACUCCAGCACCCUCUAGUGAGCGGGAUGAUGAGCCUGCCUUUUGGGGAAAGGUGUUAGGUAGUCCAACUUCAGAGUCACCAGUUCACCCCAGACCCAGCACUCCUUCCCGCCUCGCUCUCUUUAUUCGACAGCAAAGCUCAGGAGGCCAAGCCAACCCCCCCCCGUCUGGCUCGGAGAACGCUCCCUCUUCUCCUCGUGGUAGUGUUUCCUCCCCUCUGUCUCCUGACAGCCCAAUGCACCAACUCCCAGACACUUCAGAAGGAGAGACUGGCUACCUGGAGUAUCUGCGUGAUGCUCGCAAGGGUAUUGAGCUCUGCUCCUGGGCCUGUCGAGACUGGUCAGCCCCUUACGAUGGAGAAAAUCCCUCUCCAAACUCUGCUCCUCCUCCACCUCCCCCUCCUACAUCCAACCCCUCCCUCAAUAUUGUACAAGAGCAUUUCUCCAUAAUGGACCCCCCUCAGCAGAGGGCAGCAGUCGUGGCUGCAGCACGUGCAGAGUGGAGCAGUUCAGAUCGAGAUAGUGGAGAGUGGGAUGUUACCAUCAGCAAGAACUGUAUCAGUCUCACACCCCGCAGUAAGAAACGCAGCCUUCUUCCCAGCUCUAUACCUCUGCAGUCUUCAUCUUCUGCAUCAGUCUCUACAGAAAUAACCGGUGCUGUAGAAACCGUAUCCCAACACUCUCAUUCAGCACCUCAUCCAUCGCUCUAUAAUGGGAUGGGGCAGGUGGAGCUCACAGACAGUGUGGAUGAGAGAAUGGAGGUUAAGAAAGUGAAAAGGGACUCUGAUGUAAAUAACAGUGUGGUGGAGUCAGGCAUGAACGGGUCGAUGGGUAUGGGCCCAGUUGACUACAAUAAUUUCCAUGUAGGAUCGGCAAUGAAAUCAUCUCAGGUGCAGGUGAAGCCCCAUCUGCAACAUCAAACCUCCGUGCCCUCUUCAACCCAAGAGUGUCUACAAAUUGAGCGCCAGAGAUUAUCUCCUGUUCCUGCCUUGACCGAGACUUCCACAGUUCCCCGUGACAGCAGGGGUCCGGAGUCCGUUGAGCGUCUGAUUGAGGAGUUGCUGGAGCGGGUGCCGUUGGAGCCAUUGUCUGGAGACUCGAAAUGCCAGGGAAUCAGCAUAGAGGCUUUUCACCAGGAGCUGAGGGAGCUGGAGGAACGUGUUAGAGAGAGGAGGGUUCUCUCACGCAGCUCGGAGGAGUCCUCUCGGGAAUCUCGCACUGCUCCUGCUCCCAGCCUGAUGGAUGAGGACUGUCUUCCAGUGGAGACUGAGCAGCGCUCCAGUGAAACGAAGCCUGACAGCUCUGCCACUGGGGUAUUUAGCCCCGCACGACUCCUUGGACCACCUCUUGCUCAACCAUACACAGGUCCAUUUAUAACAGUCCUGUUCAGUAAACUGGAGAGUAUGAUGCAGAACUCCUUAUAUGUGAACAUUUUGCUGACGGGUGUUGUGUUCCAGCUGGCCUGUUACCCUCAGCCUCUCCUUCGCUCUUUCCUCCUCAACGCCAACAUGGUGUUUCAGCCCAGCGUUAAAUCACUCAUACAGGUGCUGGGAUCAGUAAAAAAUCGUAUUGAAGCAUUUGCGGCAUCACAUGAGGAUUUCCCUGCCAUGUUAAGAAAGGCUCGCCAAUUUCUGGUUGCAAGAGGAAAGUUAGACUGGUCUGACUCACCCAUGGGAGUGCCCAACCUUCGUCGCUCAGACUCAUUAAUUAAAAGCCGAAAACCAUCUUUGGGCGAUCUUAUCCUGAGGCAUACCAACAGUCCCACGAGAGCUCGACAUGCAGCUCAGUUGGCCUUGGCCCACGUGAGAGAUGGAGGGCAGUCUCUGCACAGUGCUUUGUUUCGGGGUGGUGUGACUGGGGGGGCCUCUGGCCUGGAGAAGCAGGCAGAGGCACUAAGGGUGAAAAAUGCGGUCUACUGUGCUGUUAUUUUCUCUGAGUUUCUCAAAGAGCUUGCAGCUCUUGCACAGGAGCAUGCCGUAGCCCUACCCUUCCCACCUAGUCAAGGCACUGAGGAAUAACACCAGGCCAAAAUUUUCCUCUAUACUUGCUUUAUCCACUUUUCCUGGCACUGAGCUGUAGACUAUUAUAUUCCUGAGAUUUUUCAAACAAACAGUCUUUUUUUCAAGGGACAUAAUGCACUCAAAGAGACAGGAAAAAUCAGUUGAUCAUAAAGGUAAAGAGAGAGGUCAUCUCUUGUUAAUAAUCUCAUGUGCAUAAUGUAAUUUUUUUUUUUUAUUGUACAGGACCAUUAAUCCAUUAAGCUUUAGGAAAUUGUGCAAUUAAAUCUUGUAAAUAGUCUAUAUAAAAUAUCUAUGGGUAUAAUGAUUUUUGUACACUCAGAGAGACUUGCAUCCUUUAAGCUGGAGGAAUUUGGCUGUAAACUUGCACUCCCUACGUUUCCAAGACACUUCAGAGACUAGCUAAAGUAGACUCACUGCACACAGUUCUUUUAAACUUUUAUGGGUGCAGAAGUGCCAUUUACAUUUUUAGCAAUGUUAGACGGUUAUUUUGUCUUUUAUAGAAAAAUAGGUCUGUGAGAUCACACCAAGAUAGAUCAGAAAUAAUCAUCCCGCCUUUUUUAAAGGACGAGAUAUCAGAUGCUGUUUACCAAUUACACGCUGGGCAAUAAGUCCUCCGUAUCAUAGCAGGAUUUGACGCUUUAUUGAGGCAUCUCUGAAAAAUCAACAAAUGACAAAAUACUCCAGUUCUGCCAAUCUCUAGCACACAUCUUUUCGUCCAACAGCUAGAGAGUGAUGUUAGAGCCCGUAAAGAGUGGAGAGGGUUCAUUUUCCUAACCUCCGUCCCAAUAAAUGCCUGACAAAUUUAGCAUAGAUGGUAAGUUUUAGUUUUCAUUCUCGUGUUGUGUUUGAGCAGCACAUUUUGUAGGAUGAGUUUCUGGCCUUUUCUUUAGUUUUUGAUGUAUUUUUAGUUUUUUUGGGAAAGGCACUGAUUUUUCUGCCCACAAAGCUCUCCUCCUAUACUGGAUGUUGGCGUCCCUUUUGGCGUCUAACUAGGUGCUAAUGUCUUAAAUAUUUGGCUGGUAUGCGCAAAGAGAAGCUUGCAUAAUAAUUACCUGUCCCUUUAAGGAGUAAGCCAAGUUAUGUGACUCAUAAGCCAUCUUAGUGUUGAAUCAAAGUGUUUUUUCCCCUGUUUAUUAGUUGAUUUUACUAGUGUAAUGUAGUAUGGGUGAAAUCAGCCGUAAUGUGUGCAUAGUGGAAACACCAUGCCACUUUUUAAUUUGUUUAUUGCCAAAAUAUUUUAGACACUUUAAUUUUCAGAAUGAAAGUAAGGACGUGCAUUUAUGAGAUUUGUGAGUGUUUUUAACAGCAAGUGCGCAUGUUUGUUUUUUUUGUUUUUUUAAACGGUAUCGUUUUUGCCCCUUGUGUAUCUUAAAUUGCAAUCAAUGCAAUGCUGAUCUGAAAUCAUCCAUCCAAGAGCUCUUUUAUCAUGCACAAGCCAUAUGCGCAUUACCUCAGUUACUUCAUUUUCAUUGCAUGCAGUGUUCUUGCUGUUUCAUCUGUGUUGGUUCAGUAAUUCUGUUCGAUCAAAUAUCAUUUAGGGCAUAAUUUUUUUUAAUCAGUUUCUAGAUGUAAGAGCAGACAAUUUGAAAGUCAGUUAUCUAUUAUUUUCUGGUUACAUCUAGCUGCUGAAUUGUCAAUCCAUCCAUUUUCCCCUCCUUAUCUAUCCACCCAUCCACAGAAGGUCUGUGCGGCACAUUAGUGUGAUGGUUCUCUGCUUUUGUUAGUUGAAAUCUGAAAUGUUUAGCAUGUAAAUUCCAUAUUUAAGGACAAUGGUAGACCACGUUGGUGUCAAGAAAAAUAAUUUGUGCUUUCCCAGAAACAUGCUCUAAUGUCUGUGUGGGUGAGAAAGAUGAAAUGGAAAGGAUAAAGAGCAAGAUGUUGAAUGAAGAAACGGUACAUAUAUGUUAGAGUUCAGUUAUCUCUAUGGAGACAGCGGUUUUUAUACUUCCGUUCAGUUUCUAAGUUAGAAAUCAAAUAGGCCUAUUCAAUUGAUGUGUGUCAUAAGAUACCAAUGCACAAGAAACGCCCAUCGUUUUUAGGACGUAAUUGUAUGCCUGACGUGGUGCAGAUAAGCAUGUUUUUCUUUUUAUACAUAAGUGUUUGAUAUGAUUUAGACAUUUUGAAAAAUCAGGAGCUCAUUGAUUGUGUAUGCUUGUUAUUGAAAAGUGUUUGUUUGAUCAAUAUACAUUGCACAGUUCUUAAGUAGAUUUUUCUGUAUUUGGUUUUCUGUCUUUUUUUUUUGUCACUCUCGAUUUGUUUGAGUGAAACGAUGAUGUUGACAAGGACUUCUGCAGCUAGUUAUCUAUGCAAACUGGUUUCUGUGUUUCUGAGUAAGCAAAGAUGGUUAAACUUUUGGGGACAAACACAAAUUAAAUUUGCAAUCUGGAACCCCACACUUCAAUAAUUUACUUAUCCCGUAUCGAUUCAAUAAUCUACUGGACUGUAUGGAAACUCAUGCAAAAUGAUGAAUGUUAUCUAAAUAUUUUUCUAUAUAUAAAAUGGAGGAGGAAAGUGGAACUGAAUGGGGAUUUAAAUCAACGAUGAAAACCUUCAAAGACGAACACUAAAAGGAAAUGUUUUUAUUAAUUUAUAAAU